GCUCCAAGCAAAGGAUCAACGUUUCCAAGUGCGUGUGAACCUACCUUUUUCGAAGACACAAAAACAAGUCAUAGUCCCCUCACUCCAUUGUGUCCAAGGUAUAGUCUCUAUUGCUCGUAUUACCACAAUUUUCGGGACCCGAAGGCCCAUGCUCAAUAUUGCGCGAUAAGUCAAGAUGGUGUCCUUGCCUUUCGAAGGCCACAAAACCUUCAUUCCAUCUCACUCACCAAAGGGGUCUGUGUGAGCAGCUUGAGAGUGAGUACAAUGGACACCAACCACUAGUUGAGCUCCUUUCGGCGUUGGAAAUCUGGACCAAAUUAUUUCACGGCUUACUUAAAGGCGGAAGGGUAGAGGCCUUUGGAAAAGGCUGGGUGUUGUCCUCUCGAAAGAGGAAGGCAUCAUCAAUUCAUCUUGUCGUCGAAAAGGAUCGUUAGGGUAAGUAAAGCACUUCCAUUGGUCUUUCAAUUCAUGUUGCCUGGCUAGUUUUGUCCAGUCAAAAUGCUUUCUGGGUCAGGGUCUCCGACGAGUAUUUUGGCAUUGUGUCAAUCAAAAGUCAGUCCCUGUUUGCUGAUGGAGGAUUACGUUUGGUUGGAUCGCGAUGGAAGACCCACCAGUCCUCCCUCAAUUGGCAAAGAUACGCUGGAAUCAAAGCUGGUCGCUGGGAAUUCUUCGAGAGAUUCAAGUAAUAGUGACGGUUCUAUUCGAAGUAACAAAAUCCUAGCCACUCACCCGCGGAGAACGAAUAGCUUUCGAAGACACAACACCAAUCAAGUCAAACAGGUUGACUUUGAACUUUCACCCAAUGACAAUCUUGGGCUGACCAUUCGUGGAGGCAAAGAAUAUGGCCUUGGGAUCUAUAUCACAGCUGUGGACGAGAACUCAGCUGCUAGUGACCACGGACUUCGGCCCGGAGAUGAGAUUCUCGAGGUGAAUGGUCGACCUUUCUGCCCACUAACCCACGAUAAAGCUGCCAGAAUUUUGAAGUUCUCCAAACGACUAACGAUGGUGGUUCGUGAUGUGGGCAAGAUCCCUCAUUCUCCUUCUUCAGGGACAAAUUCCGUGGAACGAUCCUCUAAAGCUAGUAGUUCGGGAGGCAGUGCUUCCACCAUAGCCUCCAUGUGGAGUCCCAAGGAUCCAGAGGCUAAAUGGUUGCCCAAUGAUGAACGCGAGGACAUCGACCAUUCGGAAAACCUGAACCGAAUCGCAUCGUUCGUUAAGGAAUGUAAGAGCACUUUGAACUCCGCCACCGAAAUGACCCCAUUGGAUUCUGACUUUGAAGCGGUUGGUACCAAUGGGCAUACUCCAUCCUCGUCCUCAGCUUCAGUAUUUCAAUCACAAAGGUUUCGCCCUCUCAACUCUCAAGCAACUAUGGAAACAACGCUGAGCUCAUCGCGGCCCAGGAAAAGUUCACUGACCAUUGCUUCGUCGCCUCGAUCGGAUUUCUGUGGCCAAGCCACCCGAUCCAUGCCUCGACGACGAAGCAUUCGACGACGUUCCAACGAAAAUAAUCAAUGUGCUUUGCCAGUGGAAAGUCCAGAAUUAGCCAUGGUCUUGGAAAAGGCCCAAGUGCUCUUGAAUCGCAAUGAAUUCUCCGCCUUGAGUUUGCUCUUGGAUGAAUAUCGAACGUGCGGCAUUGGGAUCGAGGAGUUCGCCUCUGGCUUGUCGCAAAUCAUUGCUGAUGGAGAAAAAUCCUCGUUUUUCACGGAGAUCCGGGAGAUUGUGCGUCUCCAGGAUUUGGUUCGAUUCGAUCACAUCGUUUACCAACAGAACAAUCCCCGAAGAUUUGACUACUCGCCCAAUUUUGACUCUGAGAAUGACGACGAGGCCGCCGCUAUCGAGGAUAUGGCCCAUCACAUGAUGCGAUCACUUCCGGCCUCCUCUGGAAGUUAUAAUAAUGGAGAAGACGAUGGUGUUCCCAUUCCCCAGGCCUACCAUGGACCCAUCAGAUCCAUGGGAAGGUCACUCCCGAUUGAGAGAAAUGGAACUCGCCGCCUGUCGACGAAUGGAGUGGACCACGCCAAUGGUCUAAUGAAUCCAGCCAAGAAUGCAAUGAAUGCAAUGCCUUCAGUCAAGAAACAGGAGUUCUACGACCUUCCUCAAGUUCCCUUUUCCUUUCGUGACUUGCACAUUGACGAUCCUUUCCUCAUGAGAGAGUCCUCUCCGCCCAUGGUUCAGUUCAUGGGAAGGCCGUCAGAGGAGGGUCCACUUGUUGGCCAGCAGAACCCCAACAAGCCGCAGCAACAUCUUAUGGGUCCGGUGACCACCAUGUGCUCAAGCAGAACGAGAGACCAAGUGGAAUAUAUGAGCCGAAACUUUGGCGACAACAGACCAGGAGGAGGGGAAGGUGGGGGAAAUGUAGGAACUGGAGGAACUGGAAGAUGUGCUCCAUUAGUUUUGGAUGAGAAUGGACGACCUCUCAUUGGGAACAGGCUUGCUUAUGGCUACGAAAGAAACGUGUUGAACGAUGACCCAAACCAAGACGAGCUGAGGAACAAUGAUGACGGAGACGUGGAUAAUGACGACGACAACGGAGAAGAACUAGGCAAGGCUAUCGACCUACUUCGAAAUACACCGCAAGUGGCCUUACCCUUCAGAGAGAGCACUCUGAUCCCAGUGUUCCCCAGGGACCAAUAUGCGAGCGUGGAUGGGCGGGCCUAUUCCGUAAGAAUACCCAAGGAUUGGCCAAACCUGGGCAUGGCCAUCGAGGGCGGGAGUAAUACGCAACAACCUCUACCCCGAAUCAUUGCCAUUCAGCCCAAUGGUGCGGCAUUCAACGUUCAAGGCCUCCGAGUUGGUCAGCUCAUCCGCGAAGUUGAUGGCAUUCUUCUGGCAGGUCUUCCGCACGAAAAGGCUGCCAAAAUCAUAGCAGAGCGCUUUGCCAAUAAAAAUCGACGACAUUUAGUCCUUGUGGUCAGGGAUCAGAAACGCACUCCUGCCGAGAAACGUCGAGGUUUCAUGCCUCCCCAACACUAGAAGGCAGCAUGGAAUGGCGAGCCUUUAGUGAUACUAGAUAUCCCCUCGGGACCUUGAGCUCCAAUCCCAAAUGGCUCUCAACUACCGACGCUUUCGAAGACCACUAUUAAUCAAUCAAACGAAUGAUCUGUGAUAUGCUUCUUUCGAAUUGAAUUGUGCCACAUUGAGCUCACACAUGUUCAUUAAAAAAAGGUGGUUUCAUAACA